UCAAUUAUUUUAGGUGUGCCAUCUCUGAAGGAAUAGCCAAUUUGCAUAACAACUCCAGAGGGCGACGCAUGUUGAAGCACAUGCACGCCGAGUCUUCGUCCGGUUUCGAUAUGUGCUGUGCCCUAAGCUGACAGUUUUUUCGGGUUUCCUGUGCAUUCGGCAUGCGCAACAAAUUCAAAAUGAUGAGUGCGAUGACUCACCGCCACAUUCUGCGCGGCUAAUUAAACGAAAUUACGGGAACAAUGUUUUUUGAACUAGUUCGAUCAGGAUGAAUUAGACAUAACUGUUAUUAUCUGAAAUGUUCGGCUUUUUGUAUACGCAUUCCUUUGUAUAUUUCGUAAUCACUUCGGCUAUCACGUAUUUCGUUCUCGAGUCUACCCUCCUAACAACCAUCCAGUACUUAUUUGGACGAGCGCCAUAGUACCCGACUAUCCAAGGCUUAUUAGCUGCUUUAACAAUGAAUAUAAAUGCUUAAUUAGCAGAAACAAUAGCCAGAAUAAUGUAUCAGUAAGUUGAAUAUUUAUCAAUUGGGACAGAAUAUUUAACAUUACCUGAUAUGGUAUAUAACUCAUUGUGUUGGACAGGCAUAUUUAUUCUACGGAAGCCACAUGGACAACAAUGUGUUUCCUCUACCACGAAAUGAGGAAAUAUGGACUCUUUUCCAUGAGGAGUCACCCAGAAAUUAUGCUCCCAUAUUAUACAGCGAAACUCAGAAUUUGUUUAAUAUUACUGCUACUUUUAGUAGAAAUAGUGACUUUCCUUUAACAUUACAGUAUUUGCCCAAUGUUACUAUUCUUACAGAUGCUCAGUAUUUUGUUAACACUAACACAAAAAAUAAGUUGCUAGCUGAUUUAGCUCCAAUAUUAUAUUUACAAUCCGACUGUGAUACACCCAUUGGAAGGGACAAUGUGGUAAAGCAACUAAUGAAACACAUAGAUAUCGACUCCUAUGGAGCCUGUCUGCACAACAAAGAUUUUCCUUCAGAGAUCUCAAAAGUGAACUCCUUAGACUUGUACAACGAGGAACUUUUAAAAUUCAUUGCAAGAUAUAAAUUCGUGAUAGCUUUUGAAAACGCUGAAUGUAAGGAUUACAUAACUGAAAAACUAUGGCGACCUCUGAUUGCCGGUUCCGUACCCAUUUACUGGGGAUCCCCCACCGUUGAAGACUGGUUACCUACAAACAAUUCUGUAAUUUUACUUAAUAAUUUCGAAAGUAUUGAAUCACUAGCAGCAUAUAUUAAGCAAGUAAACAAUAACGAUACUCUGUAUAAUCUUUUCCUAACGCACAAGCUUCAAAACACCGUACAGAACAUUAAUUUAAAAGCACAUUUGGGGGACGCAGACGAAUAUAAUUCUAUAGCAGAUUUUGAAUGCUUUAUCUGUAAGCGAAUUCAUAACGGUUUCAAUCAGACGCCGAAGGAAAGGGUGUAUGAUUGUUUACCACCAAGAGAUCCCUCUUGGAAUGGACAUUGGAACGUUGGAAAAUGUCAGGCCAAAGCACUUAUUCACUUAAUCAAGGCCAAUCGUAAAUUUUCCAAUGAGACCUACGAAAAACUUUGGCACAAUUUUUACGAAACAGACAAUUGUUAAAUUAAAAAAUAAAAUAAAGGUUAUAAAUAAA